AGCCACUGUGGUCGAUCUAGUACAAAUGAUGCCUAUGCAAGUGCUGUUUGGCGCCAACGGUAGCAUUUGCGUUUUAAAUUUCGCUGUGUUGCUUUGCUAACUGUUAAAUGUAUAGGUGUCCGUAUUUAGGUUACUGCGUUAAACCCAAGCGUUUCUGCUGCAUGGGAUGGUAUAGCUAGCAGGUAUUGCCCUGAAAAAGCCUUGCGAAGAGUCGCAAUUUUAAAUUGUGUCUGAUGGAGUCUGGAGCUGCUGCGACCUUGGAAAAGCUACUGCCGCUUGCUUCUUCCAAAAAUGCUGCUGCAAAAGCAGAGCUUCAGCAAAAGAUUCAGGAACUUCCUUCUACAGAACUGGGGCCACUUUGGAAGGCUGUGUUUGACCAACUCAAAACCACCGUUCUACAGGUUGUGUCUGAAGAAAGACUUGAGGAAGAAUGCCUUCCACUGCUUGCACUCUGUCAUGCAGCUAUGAAAGCAGACACAUUGUGCAACACUCUCACAAAUGCAGCCCAUUUUCUAAAUGGUGUUAUGCCCCUGCUGGAAGACGGAGAGCUGCUCGACUCCAUCCACACCUUCUGCGUCACAUGGUGCACCAAGAAACUUGAAGGCUGGAAAGACCUGUGGUUGAACACAUUCACAAGAUCUGUGCAGCUGUCCCUGAGGAAACACUCCAAGUCAAAAGCCGAGAAGCUUGUCACGUCGGUCUUUCUGAUGAAAUGUGGCCUGGGCGAGGAUGAAGACGGACUGAAUGCUGUUGAGCUGGAUCCUGAUGACUGCAAAACUCUUUAUGAUCAGCUGGCUCAUUGUGCUGUUUCGCCAAACUAUCUCAGCAUUGCCAAGGGAAAGAAGUUUAUCUCCUUUCUGCUGACACUGCAUAAGGACCUUGCCAAUGGCAUAUACAAGGCAGUGGAUGAUGCCUUGCCAAACAUGACAAGCUCUCAGAUACAAGUCCUGGCCCGAGCCUAUAUCUCUGCGUGGAAAGCAGUGGCUGACACACCGCAGGCUACGGUUCUCGAAGAAAACAUACAAGAGAUAAUGCAUUGGGCAGUGAAUGGGGAUCUCGUCGAGGGCCACCAUGAAAACUUGUUUAAGUUUCUGAAAGUCCUGCAUGUUGAGCGAAAGGACAGACCCUUUGCUAUCAUGUUGUGCCAUGCCUACUACCCUAUCCUUUGGCGAGGCCUCCAGGCACGGCACUACAAGGUUCGCCACUCUGCGGCCAGGAUCUUUUUUGACACAUUCCCUCUUCUGGAGAACACUCAAAUUGCACUGCAGCAGCAGGAGUUGACAGCACACUUUGAAGUGAUGCACAACCUUCUGUCAGAUGGGAAUCCAGACAUCCGAGCACUGGCUGUCAGAGGAGUGCUCAGGGUCAUGACUGACUUUUAUGAGCUAUUUCCUGUUUAUCAACGGAAAUCUCUUGCCAAGGUCUUGAUUGAGAAGAAUGCACAAGACAAGAACUCCACCGAAUCGAGAAUUCGGGUUAACCAGGGACUUGCUGCCAUGGUCAGCAAUCCAGAGACGCACAUGCUGCUCAAGGCCCUCAUUCCCAGGAGGAAAGACAGCCUCUAUGACACUUAUGCUGUUCAGGUGUCCUAUGUUUCCCUCCUGUCUGCAGCUCGUGGUAUACCAGGAUUCAAGUUCUGGGAGCAAGCUGACCCCAAGGUCCUGCUGACGCUGAUGGCCAUGGGCAAGCCACAGCUAUCCCUGAAAGUGGCCACGUUGCUGCGGAACAGCUAUUUCAACCCAGACGUUGCCGACCGUAGGCAGAACCUGGAGCGCUGCCUGCUCCUGUACUCCCUCAAUCCGACUGCCUUCCACGUAUUCUACUCUCAACUGACACACAUCGCACCUUUGAAACCCAUUGUUGAGUUCUUGGUCCUCAUCUGCAAAGUGCUUUUGCAAAAUUCAGCAGUGCUCAGAAAGACAUGUGCAAAAGAGAACCUCCUGCCAGAUGAAUUUGCCGACAGUCAGGUGAAUGACAUAGAAGUGUACAAGGACCAAAAGCCUAUGGAACAGAAGUCCGUCCACAUACUUGUUGAGACACUGGCAGUCACCUACAGCAGUUUGUCUAUGCGGAAGGAGCUCACAACUGAUGAGCUGAAACCACAUUGGAAGUUUCUUGUGGCUCUGAUGAAGAAGACUGUGAACGAGUUGUUCCAGACCACCGAUAACGCAUUAUCACGGAAAACAUCCAUCACCAGUGAGCGACAAUCAUCCUUGACACAGAGCAAUGCGAUGAAUGGCGCCAAUACUGAGUAUGGCUCUCUCGGCUUGCAGAUUUCAGUGCUGAGUGCUGCCUCCCUACUGCCUCGUGAUGAAGCCAGCAAUCUGUCCCUGCGCUGCUUCUCAAUGCUUCGCAACUUCCUGACUGUGCCCAAUACCGGUGCACCUUUGACUCUGUCAGAGGAAGCCAAGCAGUGUGUGCUGUUUAUGUGCAACAUGCACCGUGCAGCUGACGUCUUGGGACUGGUGGUGGAAUCUGUCGAAGAGCUGCAGAACAAGCAGACACCGGUCAAGCAGCGUCGAGUGCGCUUCUGUGUCGAACGGCGGCCUUGCAAUCCUGAGAUGGGAUUGCAGGUGCUCCGGCAACUGUUGGAGUCUCCCCACCUGCAGAUGAUGUUGCUCAAGCAUCACACUGUGCCCCUGUUCGACACCUGGAACGUCCUCUUGCGUAUUGCUGACUCGUUGAAGGACUUGCUCUCCAUCUCCAACGGCAGAAUGGUAGCUCAAGGCGAGAUGAUGACGGCCUUUGACUUGUUUCUCCUCCUCACGUACCUCCUUCAGGGCCAGAAACACCCCGUGACAAAAGAGGAGUUCAUGGCAAUAUCAACAUUUGAGUGCCAGAUGGAGUGGAUACAGGAGCGCCUGUUGCCAAAGGUGUCGGGUCAAACUGGGAGACGUCGGGAGUUGUCUGUCCAAGUGGUCAAGAUUUAUCUGAAGGUGGCUCGGUCUGUAUUUAUGGCGAAAUGGGCUACAUUUCCCUUUGCCGAGAAAGUGCUCAGCUUCUUGGCACUGUGCAAGGAAAUAGAAGUGGACUCCCUGAAAGAGGACAUUGCCCUGAUACCUCCGGUCAUGAAGAAGUUCAUGAGGAUCUUCGUGGAAAACGAACAGCAGGUGUCCACCAUUACUGCCCUCUUGGAAAAGUGCAGCUGCGAGGAGCGUUGCGAGAAAAGCUCCAGCCGUCGUUCACGAAGAAGGUCGAAGGGCAUUUCCGAAAGAAACGCAACCGCCAGUGCUGAACCAAUGGUUGCAUCAGAUGACGAUGUCUCCAAAUGACCCGCCACAUUGCCAGACUUCCAUUGCUUCAUUUUUUUUAUUCUUUUAAAUCUGUGCUUUUUGCAUCUGUAUAUACCCAUUUAAAACAAGUAUAUUUUUAGACUCUACAUACGUUUAAAGAAAUAUCUUUAGAUUUUUGUAAAUUUUAGCUUGCACAUUUAUGUACAGUUUACCUAAGAUGACAAUCCUUGCAAGACCGGGCUAGUUAGUAUAUUCCAGUACUUAACUUCUAGUGCGCAAGAAAAAGCAUGGACGCAGAAAGCUUGAGGCAAACACAAGCACUGACUUUUACAGGCUCAGUAUUAAAAGUCGAAAAUUAACACUUGUGUUCUGUGUUUGCGUUUCUUCUAGCGUACUAGAAGCGUAGUGACUGUACUUCACGUUGUUUGACAAAACGUAGAAAGUGGAAAGAGCAGUAUUUAAGUGUGAAGUACCACUUUCAAUAAUUUUAGCCGUGCCUUGCUAAGUCUUGUGAGGAGCAGAUGCGCUGCAUUGUACAUACCAAGUUGGUACAUGACUAUGAGUUGGUAUGUCAAUGGCGAGUUGGUGACUUUGUAGGUUUGCACUGUAAUGUUUCAGAUUGUAAAUUUAGCAGUUUUAAAUUUUGUACAUUGUUGCAUUGCAAGUCAUUUCAAUCAGAAGUUUACACAUUUACUGUAAUUUUAUUGCAAAAUUUUUAUAUACAAAGCUACCUUAUUUACUUGAAUGUGAUGAGAGGGAAGACUUUCCAGUCAUGCAAAAUAAACAAUAAUAAAACCAUGAGUGUAACGCGAGAUGAAUGGGAAAAAAAUGGUAUCUUUAUCAAUCAAGAAAUCGCAAUUUGGAAAUGAGACACUUAUCAUUGUGUCGUCUGAGGAGAAGGCAAAAGUUUCCUUGGGCGGUAUUUUCAAACGAUCACUUUCGUAAAUAGUUUCGCUUUCACGAAAUUUUGCAUGACUCAGCACCAAACACGUUCACGAUAGUGUUUCUGACGCUGUACCAAGAGCACUAUCGGCUGUAUACUUAGAGAGGUUCUGUGUCGAGACGGGCCAAGUCUCUGGAAAGCAAAGCUAUCACCGAAAGUGAUCACCCAAGAAUCAAGUUAUCUUCUGUGCUGUCGAGCUUGAGCACUUCUUAAAAAACCACACAACUAUUUCCUUCGGGAGGCUUUACCAGGCCAUGACGAGGUCCACAGAGCCCUUCCAAUCGGCCUCCCAUUUAAAGAGGGCAUCCACGAAUUGUGGACUCGUUGACAUUGAGCCGCCAAGUUGCGGCAGAGUGUCCCUGCUCCUCGGCCAUCCAAAUUGCUAGUUUCUUGAAGCUGGCGUCAUACUGAACGUGCUGUGACUCCGUAAAUGCAUCCAAGCAUGAAAUCCACAGGGUACUGCAGCACUGUAUAGUUGCAAGCACAGUGAAAAUGCCGUUGGAUCAGACACGGAACAAGUUUUGACUCUGGUCAAGAUGUAUAGGUUGCUAAUGUAGCACUAAAAAUGCGGGAUUUGGAAUAUUUGUUUUAAAUUGGUCAAUGUUGCUUUUAUUCAAAUGUAAUCCAAGGGCCAACAUUAAGCGACGAAAAUAAUGAGAAAAAAAAAACUUGUUACAAUCGAGUAAAUAUAGUAGUUAACAUGUUGUGUGGAAUAAUAUUGUAUAUACAAUCUAAAGCGUUUCUAUCUGUAAAUAAAUGACCUUGGGUAUUUAUGAAACAA